AUGUAUUUCCGGAACCUAUUCCUGUCUCUCUUCGUCAUCUUUGCUGUCGGCUUCGCGCUGGUCCAGGCUGAGGAGUCUAAGGAGCCCCGUGGCCCAAAGGUCACCAGCAAGGUCUACUUUGACAUCCAGCAUGGCGAUGAGACUCUUGGCCGCAUUGUGUUCGGCCUGUACGGCAAGACUGUCCCCGAGACCGCCGAGAACUUCCGCGCUCUGACUACCGGCGAGAAGGGCUUUGGUUACCAGGACUCUACUUUCCACCGCGUUAUCAAGGACUUCAUGAUCCAGGGUGGUGACUUCACCAAGGGUGAUGGCACUGGUGGCAAGUCCAUCUACGGCAACAAGUUCAAGGAUGAGAACUUCAAGCUUCGCCACACCAAGAAGGGUCUCCUGAGCAUGGCCAACGCCGGCAAGGACACCAACGGUUCCCAGUUCUUUAUCACCACUGCCAUCACCUCUUGGCUCGAUGGCCGUCACGUCGUCUUCGGAGAGGUCCUUGAGGGCUACGAGAUUGUUGACAAGAUCCAGAACGUCCCUAAGUUGCCCGGUGAUAAGCCCAAGGAGACUGUCAAGAUCGUCAAGAGCGGCGAGCUCCCUUUUGAGCAGGAGGCUGAGGAGAAGACCGAGGCUAAGACCGAGGACAAAGAAAUCGACCAAGACCCGGUCACCGAGGCUCCCGAGACGACCACGACAUCUUACCCAUUCCAACCGCUGGUGAUUUUCUUCGUUCUGGUUGCUAUUGUGGGUGUCUGGAUUGCUCGUCGCCGCAGCCAGCAGCAACAGCAGGAGAAGGAGCACUAUGAUGCGUAA